AUGUUCUUGACGUGGUGUUGUGUAUUUGAUGUGGGCGCUGUUGAGGCCAUUGAUAAUAAUAGUUUAAAGUCAGCAUUACAACAAUGUAAUAAAUUACUUAAAAAACAACCAGAAGCACUUAUUCUAAAGGCCUUAAAAGGAUUAAUAUUAGAACGAACAGGUAAAACAGAAGAAGCAUUAAAAUUAUGUGAUCAAGUAAAAGAAAAAAAACCAAUCGAUGAACCUGUUUUACAAGCAUUGACUAUGGCUUAUAAAUCAUUGGGAAAAUAUGAAAAGAUAGUUAAAAUAUAUGAAAAUGCAAUUCUACUAAAUCCCAAUAAUGAAGAAAUUGGUAAUCAUUGGUUUAUGGCAAUGGUUCGAAUAAAUGAUUUUAAAGGGCAACAGCAAGCUGCUUUAAAGUUACAUAAAACAUUUAAAUCAAAUAAAUAUUUGUUCUGGGCUAUUAUAAGUUUAUUAUUGCAGGCACAGUCUGGACCAUCUAGGGAAUCAGAUAUUUUGUUGUCCUUGGCUGAGAGAAUGAUGCUUAAAGCUGUGAAAGAAAAAGGAUUAAAACAUAUAGAAGCGCAAAAAAAAUAUAAAGAAAUUUUGGAAGUUUUGGAAGAUGAAGAACUGAAUAACAAAUGUAAAGAUGAUGUUGAAGUAAUUCGAAUUCGGAAUGAUUUACUUUUAAAAACUGAAAAUUGGACUAAAGCUAAUGAAAUAAGCAAGAAUUCGUUAACUGAAACAACGAAGUUGAUAUUUGGAUCUAAAUCAUGUUGCUUUGAAGAUUUACAACAAUAUUUGAAAGGAAUUCCCCUUGAUUUAGCUAAAAAAAUAAUAGAGGAAUUUAAAUCCACAAUUAAUUUAUUGGAUGAUGACAAAAAGUCCAAAAUAACAAAUAUUCAAAAGAAUGUUAAUAUAUAUAAGUUUGAAAGAUUCCUGGGUUUACUUGAAGAAUUAAGCGAAAAUGAAAUGUUAUCAUAUGUUAAUAAUCUAAUUAAUUUAUAUAAAGAUGCUCUUCAAUAUGGAAAAGAAUUGCUAGAAACAGAGUAUCAAUAUGGUGAUGAUUUUAUUAUAAUAGGAUCCCAAAUUUUAUUUGAUCUUUAUAAGAAAACCGACGCAACUCAGGCUUGUUAUGAUAGUUUACCGAUUUAUCGUAGCAACGAAAUAGAGAUUCAAGAUUUUAUUGAAUUUCAAAAUGAACUUGAAAAUUCUUUGCAAAAAGUUUUUAUUGAUCGUGAAAUAAUAAGACUUGAAUUUUUAAAUGCAUCCAAAGUCGCAAAAAAUGGAAUUACAUAUCUUGAAGAAUUGGAUGUCGCAGAUCUUAAAUAUGAUGAUGAAUAUUGUGAGAAUCGCCGUGACAAUAGAGAUUUUGCUGUCCUGUCCAAUUUUAAUCCGAUUAAUAAACCCAAGUUUGAAGAGAUCAUUAGAGUUUCACCAAAACUUGAUUUAAAUUGGCUGAAAUUAUUCACAUUAAUUCCACUCAUAUUAAAAAAUAUAUGUGUCACUAAAGAUAUCGAAGUUAUUAAUUCAUUGACUGAAUCUUUGGAAAAGUUAUUGAGUCAAGAUUAUCAAAAAGAAAAAAGACUUGGUGAUGUAAUUAUAAAAUCGAGUCAACUUUAUUUAAUUAUAAAAGAAGUUCAAUCUGGAAACAAAGAAUCUAUUUCAAAGAUAGAUGCAGCUAUGGAUAAUUUAAUAAAUUCAUUAAAAGUCGCAGAACCUGAAGACAUUUCUAAUCAUGCAAUACAAGAAUUAUCUUGGAUUCAUUUUCACAAAUUUUCAUUAUUCCUAGAAAGUCAAAAUAUUCAAAAUCUGAAUCUAACAGUAAAGAAACAUCUUCAAUAUUUGAAAAAGCAAUUGGAUAUUUUUAAAUCUAUUGUUGAAGGUGAAAAAUCAGCUCCUCGUAUUUUUGAAUAUAUCAAGUCUGGAUCUCAUAUUGAUUUUUGUUCAGAUGAGAAAACAAUUGGAUGGCAAGUUUACGAAAUUUAA